AUGGGAAUAAAGAGUAGUCUGGAUGAAAUAAAAAGAAGCCCAAGGGAAAUUGAAACGAAGGAAGAAAAUUUACUAAAAUAUAUUAAUCCGGAACUAAAAUUGAAGGAUGUAAAAUUUAAAAUCCUGGCUCCGAAUAAAGAAAAUACUCCAAUAUUGGCUACAUUUAGAUCAGCUGAGGAAAAGGGCCAAGUCAUGCAAAAAAGAAAGCAAAUUGGGAAAAUAGUUAGCAACAAAUGUCAUAUGACAGGAUCGCAACUUAUUUACCUAAAUGAUGAUUUACCCAAGGAAACAAGAGAACUAUGUUUAGCAGCUAGAUCUCUUACUGAAUAUGGCUACCAAUUUAUAUGGGUGAAGAAGGGAAAAAUAUUUGCGAGGAAGAGGGAAAACGAUCCGGUUGUAAGGAUUAAGUGCAUGGAGGAUGUUAAAAAGAUAAGGCAAGAUGCUUGGGUUGGUUAG